AUGGAUGCGCCCCGGGUGCUGCUGUCGGCCGUGUUCCUCGUCGGCUUCCUGUGGGAUCUGCCCGGCUUCCAGCAGGCUUCCAUCCCCUCGUCCUCGCCGUCCGCGCAGCCGGCCGCCGCCAAGGGGACGCGGAGCCGCAGGGACGGGAGGGCGCCUCGGGACCGGGCGCCGCGGGAGCCCCUGGAGCCGGAGCCCCCGGAGCCCCAGCCCCCCGGCGGGGCCGCGCGCGCGGUGCCGCACGACUACAUGCUGUCGGUCUACAGGACCCACUCCAUCGCCGAGAAGCUGGGCAUCAACGCCAGCCUCUUCCAGUCCUCCGGGGCGGCCAACACCAUCACCAGCUUCGUGGACAGGGGCCGAGACGCCGCCGCGCGCGCCCCGCUGCGGAGGCAGGAGUACGUGUUCGACGUGUCGGCGCUGCCGGAGCGCGAGGAGCUGGUGGGCGCCGAGCUGAGGCUGUUCCGCCGCGCGCCGCCCCCGCCCCGGGGCCCGCCGCGGCCGCUGCGCCUGCAGCUGUCGCCCUGCCUGUCGCCGCGGCUGCUGGGCGCGCGGACCCUGUCCCCGCAGGGGCCGCCGCGGGCCGGCUGGGAGGUGUUCGACGUGCGGCCCGGCCUGCGCCCGCCGCCGCGGGGCCCGCUGUGCCUGGAGCUGCGCGCCGCCUGGGCCGGGGCGGGGGCGGGGGCCGGGGGCCGGGGGCCGGGGCCGGGGCCGGCCGGGGCCGGGGCGCGGGGGCCGGGGCCGGGGCCGGACCUGCGGAGCCUGGGCUUCGGCCGGGGGGCGCGGCGGCCGCAGGAGCGCGCGCUGCUCGUCGUGUUCUCGCGCUCGCGGCGCCGCAGCCUGUUGGCCGAGGCGCGGGGGCGGCCGGGCGGGGGGCGGGCGCCUGCCCCGGGGACCCCGCUGGCCGCGCCCUGGCCGCCCCCGCCCGGCCGCCGGCGGCGCACGGCCCUCGCCAGCCGGCACGGCAAGCGGCACGGCAAGAAGUCGAGGCUGCGCUGCGGCAAGAAGCCCCUGCACGUGAACUUCAAGGAGCUGGGCUGGGACGACUGGAUCAUCGCGCCGCUGGAGUACGAGGCCUUCCACUGCGAGGGCGUGUGCGACUUCCCGCUGCGCUCGCACCUGGAGCCCACCAACCACGCCAUCAUCCAGACGCUCAUGAACUCCAUGGACCCCGGCUCCACGCCGCCCAGCUGCUGCGUGCCCACCAGGCUCACCCCCAUCAGCAUCCUGUACAUCGACGCGGGCAACAACGUGGUCUACAAGCAGUACGAGGACAUGGUGGUGGAGUCCUGCGGCUGCAGGUAGCGGCGACGCCCGGGCGCAGCGUGGGGAGCGGACGCACCGACGGACGGACGGACGGACGGACGCGGGGACGGGCGGCGGGGGGGGGGGGGGAGGCCCAGCGCGCCCCCCUCCGGGGCCCUCCCACCUGCCGGCCCAGAGGGAGAUGCGGACUUUCACACCUUGCCUGGCCACGCUGGAAGAAAACGAGCCCGAGGAGGAUUGCCUUAGGGUUUUUUUCCCUCCCCCUUAUUGCUGUGGCCUUGGAUUUUCUUGUGCGCCUCGCUCGCUCUCGCAGGUUUUGAUAGGAGGUGCGGGGCGGAGAGACGCCUACCUGGCUCUCCACCGCCCCCACGGACUGGAGAAUGUGUAGCUCAAGAAGAGAAACAGUGUGGGAUGAAGGAUCACCCCCCUCCACCCCCACCAGCACCCCCUCCACCCCCACCUCCACCAGCACGUCCUGGUGUGAUUGCUUCCUGCCCCAGUGAAGAAGGUGGGGGGUCUUCUCUGGCCCUCACAGGGCCUGUGCCUUGCAAGCUCCCAAACCCAGAGUGUCCACCUAGAGGAACUGGCCCCAGCCCUAGGGAACCAGGGAAGGCCCUGCCCGUAGGGGACCUUGCUCGGAUCCCGGCCUCUCCCACUGCGGGGAUGGCAGCCCACAUCUCACUCAAGGAGGCUCAGGUCGCUGCCUUUACUGUUGCUCUUUCUGGUAGGGGAAAGGGGAACUGGAAUGGAUGGAAUGACAAGAAUGAGUCCAAAUGGAACCCCCUGAAGGAUAAUGAGAAACCACAAGGCCUGCCUCCAACGGGCUGACACUGAGGGGUGUUAACCAGGCUGGAGGUAACCCAGGAAAAGCCCUUUUGCGGUGUCUGUUUCUAAUUGAUCUCUUUGAACAGAACUUGUCAAAAUUCAGACAUCCCCUUUUAAAGGGAAGGUGAUCUUCCAGCUAAACAGAAAGUCAGCAGGGCUGGGAAGCCGUGUAACUAAGAAGGAAGCCGGAGAGAGCAGCGCCACGCCAUCUAGAUACCCAUUCCCAGGCUGUCAGACACAGGACCUUUCCCCAGCCUGCACCAGUAUUAUCUUGCAGACAUUGCCCGUAAGCAGGCCCUUUGCAGAGUUAGUUUCCUUCUCAGCUUUGACCAUGAAAUGGUUUAAACAAGGGAACCAACCAUUAAAAAAAAAAAAAAGUCUUUGUUUUUCCUAAGUGGUUUUGCUCUCUCUCAAUCUAAACCUGUUGCUGGUUUGGUACAGAGAACUACAAACUGUCCAAGAAAGGGUGAGAAUGAUAAGAAAUGCUAAUAUAAAAUGCUAAGUAAAAAAGAGAAAAAAAAAAAGACUUGGCCAGGAGAAAUAAUUUAAAAUGCACAUUUGCUUUGGAUGCACUGUUGUUCUGUUAAGGCUGUAUAUAUUUGUUUAUUUAAGGUGACUGAAAGUGCAAAGAGGAAGUGGACAGCAUGCAAUUCAUCUUAAUGUACAAACGUUAUAUGCACUCAAAUGUUAUAAUUUCUAAUAUUUUUAAAGUUUAUAUUCGAGUUGUACAAAGUUAAGCAUUAAUCAGAUAUUUCAUUCUUUCAUAAUGUUAUCAUUUUCUUAAAUAUUAUUACAAAAUUUUAAGUCUGUCUAAUGGAGAGUUUUUUUUAAACUGUCUACCUCACUAUAAUACAAGUAUUUACAACACUAAAGUUACCAGAGGUCGAUUUUAUAUUCAAACAUUUUUUUUUUUACAAUACACUUUUCCUGGAUGAUACUCAAUCUAAUACUGUAUUAUUAAACUCAU